UUCACAUUCAGUUAAACAUAGACGCAUAACUCUACCACAGAUCAUCCAAAACAGCAGGAAGAGAACAUAUCGUCAAGUGCGUAGGCUGAUUAUCAUCAUUCAAAAUGUGGAUCCUUCAGAAAGUGCAAGAAGGAGCGCAAAAUCUUCCAUUGCAGAUCAAUCAUCUCAUCAGCAGCAAUAAAGAGGAGCUUUCAGCCAGAUUACAGACCAACAUUCUCAAUAAAAUGCACAGUAAUGUCCUCACACAGGAUAAAAUUCCAGAUUUUUUCCUGCCACCCAAGUUGGCCAAGCGCUGCUACAUGGUAGACACAGAAAAAAUCUCACAGUGUUUGAAUGAAGAAAAAAAAGUUGUCAACACACCAAAAACACUAUUGCCAAGACCUGAUACUACCCUGCCACUGAAAGCAAGUAUGAACAGAUCAACAACGGCUUUGAACAAAUUCAAACCCCUUCCAUAUUCAAUGACAUGCUUUGAGUCUGGUUUGUUUGAGAGUCCAAACACACGUCGAAAAGAAUCAUUGUUCCAUUCUGCGCUGACCAGUUACAAAGUAGAGAGAAUGACCGUCAAAUCAAAUAAACAUUCUUCUAGUGAAGUGAUGAUGGCCAACACUAAGAGUGACACAUCCUCUGCAGACUCCUCCCCUUAUUCAACAACAACACCACCACUCAGAAGAAAGGAUUUCACAGAUGAAUACACAUUUUCUGAAGAUACACUUCAGAAAGAUCUCAAUGCUUCAAUGAAUGAGAAAAAGAAAGUUCACUCCGCUCCAGACAAAAAGCUUAUUUCAAAGGUCUUUCAGCAUGCCAAAGUUCUUCAAACAUCCCAUUGCAGCAAACUAGCCCCACCAGUCCAGUUCCCACUGGACAUGCUGCACUGCCAAGAACGCUUCCACCAGGAGCAUGUGCUUCCUCUUCCUCAGCGAGGCAAAGUGCGCAUCUCUGCCUUCAAGUGCAGUUCAGCUGGAAGCUCUACAACAAUUCGCAUUCGUGUUGUAUCAGUGGAAGACUUGCGAGAUCCUGGAGACCUUCGACCACUGACCUGCAGCUUGACCCUGACCAUAAUCCCUGGCAAGCUACAGCAACAAAACAGUGCCAUCAUCAGGAACUGCCGUAACCCUGUGUUCAAUGAAGAUUUCUUCUUCCAAGAGCCAGAGGAGCAUGGCAGUCUGAAAGAUUUUGCCCUCAGACUGAAGGUCUUGGACAAGGCCUCAGGACUGGGCAGAGGAAUGGUGCUAGGUAUUGUCAUCAAACCUCUCUAUCAACUAGUGCCACUGUAAAAAGACAUUAGGUACGUCCCAAAUUGCAUACUUAUGCACUAUUCCAGUGGUUCCCAACCUUUUUUG